AUGGAACAGCCUCUAAAUAACACGAUCCUCCCACAAUUGUGUACCGAUGUCGACGCAAAAGCCCACAUCGUCACAGAGACAUCAAUCUCAUCACCUCUCUCCAUCACCUCCCAACACUCUUCUGCCUCUGCAUCUACAUCUCUUUCCCAGGCCCCUUCAUCAGCGGCAACUCUCAAGCCAGUUCCACCUCAGCCAUUUCCUCCUGCACCCAAAUUUCAAGAGAACUACAUUACCAAUGAAGACAGACAACGAGUCAUAGAACUGUUGGACCAGCAGCGAGUGGCCAAAAAGGAGAACAAGAAGAUCAAGAAUAAGGAGCGAUACAAUUCUAAAGAGGUCAAUCCUGUGCUUGAUACCCUUGUCUCCGACAAGAUCUCUCCAUCCCCUGGCCUUGUCCAAGCCUUGCUUGAGCAGGGCGGAGACGUCAAUGUUGCCCGCCAAAAAAGCACUGCUAUAUGGAAGAAAGUGGCCAGGAAAAAUCAAGAAGUCCGUCGAAGCGACGUCCUUGCGAAAGCUACACAAAACUGUGUGCCCGAGGUGGUGUGGGUACUAUCACGAGAAGCGGAUGAUACAGCCAAGACGGAGGCCCUCCUAUUCGCGAUUCGGCAGAAUGAUACGGUCAAGGCACGCAUCCUGCUUGACGCCGGCGCCGAUUCAGCAGAUUUCCACUCGGAAUUCCUAUCCGCUGUGGAAAAAAAAGCGGAUGAGAUGGUCGAGAUAAUCCUACGCGCAAUCAAGGGCCCCUGUGCGUCCUGUUGCUCAACGGGUCUGGUGAAAGCAGCCAACAAUGGUUCCUUGCGAAACUCGCUUAUACUGUUGGAAAAAGGGGCGAAUGCGGAUUUCGAUAAUGGAGCUGCCUUGCAAAAAGCGAUUGCGGAUGAGAGAGAAGAUCUUACAGACGCCAUUUCCUUUUGCGCCAACAAGCCAUCCCCAAAAUCUUUUGAUAUUGCCGUCGGACUGGCAUAUUCCAAGAUAACGGACGAUGGGGAUAAGCAACACCGCAUGAUAGACAUAUGUCUCCGAGGUGGUGCUCAUGGUAGUACGACAGAUGAGACCCUUGUGAAGGCAUGUAUCAACGGACAGGUUGCCCUCAUCGAUAACCUACUCGCCCACAAUGCUUCCGUCGAUUAUAGGCAAGGUGCUGCUAUCCAGUAUGCUGUUACAAGCAAACAACCUGGUUUACUCACUACUCUUCUGCGCGGCAAGCCCUCCAUGCCAACUUUCGCCGCAUCUAUUCCCAUGAUAACGGGCAUUGAUGAUCCAGCAGUGGCAUAUGAAACCACCGACAUUGUCCUAUCCGCUGGUCUUCGAGGAGACUCGGUUGCCGCAACCCUCAUUAGUGUCUUGGAACGCCCACCACAAACAGCCACUGACUCGGAUGAUUUGAAACUGAUCCAGCUCUUCUUAGAGAAGGGGGCCGCGAAUAUCAACUAUGACGAAGGGAAAUCCAUUCAAGUAGUCGCCACACGUGGGUGGACUAACGCCUUGAAAUUGCUUCUUCAGCACAACCCGUCGACUGGAUCACUUAAUGGUGCCUUUCCGCUUGCCAUGAAGCUUGAUGACGCUGCCAGAAGACUCGAGAUAGUCACUAUGAUUCUAGAGGCUGGAGCUAAAGGGGCCGUCAUCGAUGCUGCCCUUGUAGCCUCCUCGUGUACGGGCAAAACUGGCGUUGAAUUGACAUCAGUGCUCCUGAAGCAAAGCUCAGUUGACUACGAAAAUGGCAGGGCUCUGUGCAAUGCUGUUCAAACCGAAUGUCUGGAACAAAUGCAGGCCCUCAUGCUUGGCAAGCCGUCGGAUGGUACUUUGAGAGCGGCUUGGCUCGUCGCUGACGCCCUCCAGAAUGGCGAGUUUCAGUACCAAGCUUUCGAGAUACUUCUCGCUGCUAGCAUUGACAGUUCAUUAAAAGACGCUUCACUGAUUACCGCGGCAACGAGAGGGCAGCGCGGUAUCAAUGUAUGCACCCUCCUGCUCCAGCACCAAGCUUCACCAGACUAUUCGAAUGGCACCUGCAUGGUUAGUGCAGCAAAGGGGCUGCACCUUGACACGCUGGAGUUAUUGGCCAAUUCAGUCACUUCUGCCUCUGUAUUUUGCACUGUUUUCGACGACUUUUCCGAAGGGGAUGAGUGGCUUACCCCGAAAGGGCUUGCAAUCGUUCACCUGUUGCUCGAAAACGGGGCAUCGGGCCCAGAGGUAGAUGCGGCUUUCUGUAAAGCUGCUCGACUCGGUGAUCCUGAUGCGUUGGAACUUCUAGCAACUUCUGUCAAUCCGGAAGCCGUAAACGUUGCUUUGGUUGCGGCGACCGCGGCCGGUAAGGAUUGGUUAUCGCCUGACAAUAGCCAUCUCUGGCUGAUGCAUUCGCUGUUGAAAUGGGGUGCCGCCGGAGACUGCGUCAAUUUCACUCUGUUCGAGGCCUUGGAUGCCUUCGCUCGCGGACUUGCAUCAGAAGAUCUCAUCGAUACGCUUUUACAAGUCGGAGCCAAGGCUGAGGUGAACUUUCAAAAUGGCGAAGCCGUCCAAAUAGCUGUCAGGUAUGGCAAACCACUGCUGCUGGAGAAAUUGAUUUUAUGUGGUGCCACCGCAGAAACACUGUCGAUAGCAUUAGCAGAAGCUAUUACGGCCGGGCUCGACGAGAAUGUCCUCCUCUCCCUUCUUGACGUUUUUAUGGAAAGUAAAGGCGCAAAACCCGACGUCAAAACCGCUCCCCAGGGAUACCAGCCGCCCAUUUUCGCCUGCUUAGCUGCCUAUCCACAAUCCGCAAAGUUGGUAAAGCAGCUGGUAGAAAUGGGAUGCGACCUGGAGGCCCAAAUUGAGUCGUUUACUUAUGACGAUGAAGAACUUGAAGCAGAAAAUGUCACUGCGCUUGUUUGGGCGUUGUGCCAACCGGAAAAUCGUAUAUCCUCUGCAGCAAUAGAAGCUUUAAUUGAUGCUAAAGCCGAUACGAACCUCACGCUCAAAACUUCAAAUGCAACGCCUUUAAUUCUUGCAGCGAAAUACUCCCGAAGCGACCUUGUAGUCAAGCUUCUUGCAAAGAAAGUGAAAUCUUCUGCCAAGGACAAGUUUGAUCGGACGGCACUCUUCUACGCGUCUCGAAAUGGAGAUAUUGACUCAGUCAACGCACUUAUCAAAGCCAAGUCCGCCAUUAACGAUGGUAGCCUCCAGGAGGCGGCUAAGAAGCUCCAUAGCAAAGUGGUUGCGACACUCAUCAAAGGGAAGCACGAUCCAGACUUUCCCAGUAGUAAGGAACAGCACGAGGGUCGCACCGCUCUCCAAGAGAUGGCAUUGAUGUGUGAUUGCUCCAAGGCCGGCGCAGAGACCGAGGAGACAGUCCAGGCGUUGGUAAAGGGGAAAGCGAAUCCAUUGGAGAAAUCACGGGGCAGGAACGCUUUGUUUCUCGCCCUCGACAAUGCCAAUCCAGUGCCAAUUACAAGGGCGAUCCUCGAUGGCGUCAUGUGGAAGCACAUGAACAGCGAUGAGAAUGUUUAUAUUGAAGUCGAUCCUGAGACCGGGACGAAGUACUACUUCUCGCCGACAAUGUAUGUCGCCAGGGGGUUUUCUCAAGGCCCCGAGGAGUACAGCGACCAACUUCAGAAAAUAUUGGUCGACAAACGAGGCGAUGAUCGCUACUAUGCGGAAGAGGGAGCAGUACAACCAGCCGACGCUGUGGGGAUGCCCCAAGCGAUUCUCGAUGCCGAGAAAAAGAGAAAAGACCGCGAGGAAAAGCUACAGCAAAAAGAACUGGAUCACCAGCUGAAACUCCUGCACGAGAGGCAAGCUGCAGACCAAAAGGCACAAAUUGAACAGGAGAAAUUCGAGGAAAAGAAAUGGCGAGACGAAGAGCUGGCCCGCCAGAAAAUGGAACAAAGGGAGAUGGAACAUGAGCAAAAGCUGGCCCAGGAAGUCGAGAAGGCGAACCAAAAGCAAAACAUCAUGACCAACACUGCUGCUGUAAAGAUCUCGCUGCAAAAUCAAAUCGACGCCCAAAAGCAGCGGGCGGCCCUGUCGCGGGCUCAAUUUGAAGAAACCCAAAAGGCGCGAGCUGCAGCCCAAAAACUCCAAGCGAUACAGCAGGAAUCGGAGCUCAAGGCACAAUUCACGGCGAAGGCAAAUGCGGCGAAACUGGCCCAACAAGCUCGACAGAAUCAGCUGGCCGCAGCGGCCGGGCAGCAGAAGUUACUCACGGCCUCGAAAAUGGCAAACAUGCAUGCGGCCGAGGCGCGCAACAAGCUUGCCAUCAAGGAAAGACAAAAUGAGCAGGCGUUGAGGCUCAUGCGGGGCACUGCGAGGGAGAAGAGCACCAUGCAUGAGAUGCAGAUGCGACAGUUGCAGGCCCAGGGGCAGAAUACGAAGCUAAAGAUGUUGGAUAAGUAUUUUGCGUCACAAGGACAAGUGGGCAAGAAGGAUUUGAAGAGGAUUGCAGCGGGAUGA